AUGCCUCGACGAUUCCAUUCACCCCCAAGACAACUGCCAGACAUAAUCCCCGAUCAUGGUCAAUUAGAUCUACAAGUCAUUUCUAUUCUCCCUUCCCUUCUUCUCACAGCUGAAAACAACGUGGACGACGAUACUGAUGAUACUGCUGUCCCAUUAGAGCCUCUAGUCUUCACCAUGGAAGUUGAGCCUGCUGACAUGACGCGCGAUGAUACUCUUCAAUUUGUGUUGCAACCUCCUCCUCCUCCUCCUCACCCAAUGCAUCCAGAAUUAAUGGCUCCUGGCUAUGUAGUCGAAAAUGACAUGGACAACCAAGGUGAAGGCACUAGUGUGCCAUUGCAAGCUUUGUUAUCUACUAUGACGAUUGAGGAUAUUGACAUAACGCAUGACGAUGGUUCCCAAGUCGAAAUGCAGCCUCAUCCUCCUCCAGAUUCCCCCUUUCCGCAGAGCAGAAACGGUGGCAUCUGUUGA